AUGGCUGUCAAUGUCAACCAAGUAGGCUUCCAACGCCGCUUGGCUGUGGUUAAGCAACUGCUCCGCGACCGUGGCCUUGAGCUGGCAACUCCUGCUUUAUCCUCCCUGUUCCCAGGCACGCAGCCUGGCACAACCAAGGCGCCCUCCAAUGGAGUAUCUGCCCUGGUUGUCAAACUCAGCAAUCUUGCGGUGGAUGGCAUGAAUAAUGCCAAUCGAGUGGGAAAUGAUGUGGCUGUGCAGCACCUCGUUCGCCAAUCCAUGAUGGAAGCCGGGCUCGGUCCCUUGGUCCCGGCCGACUACGCCUGGGCACCGGCCACGACCACUAAUAUCUCAGAUGAGAUGGGCUUUGGAUGGAUAAUGUCAGAGCCAAGGGAUGGUGUCGACUUGGACUCAGAGUUCUCGUCUCUACAGUGGGGGGAUAAGGAGCAUGUCUUGGAGCAGAUUGCUGCAAUCCAGGCAGUAAAAAUUGCCAGAGACCUCCGCGGCGAAUCGCCCAUGCUAAAGGAGAAGCCCGUGACCUCAUAUGCCAAAUGGAGGGUUGCCCAUCUGCGCGGGUGGCUCAAGGGAGCAGCCGAAAGCCCUGUUAUUCAGGGCUGGAGAAGCAACGGCUUAAAUAUAAGGAUUGAAAAGUUUCUCAGCCACGGCGGUCCGGACAAGGUUCUCGCCGACGUUGACCUACGGCAAAAAAGCAUAAUACACGGAGACUUUUCGACAAAUAACAUGCUCUUUGACAGAAACACCAAGAAAAUCACGGCUCUUCUGAACUUUGACUGGUAUUUCAUCUCCCACCCCUUUGAUCCGUUUACGCGACGGGGACAACGAGAUCAUGGCAGCUCUUCUCUCAGGAAAUUUUACAAACCACCGUCUAACCCCGAUAAGGAGUCCACCGAUAAGUGGGAGCUUGCCAAGGCGUGGAAUGCCGCAAUGAAAAAGAACGGCGUAGUCUCUCCAAGUGAUAUGAAGGGAGUGGACCAGAUUCGUGACAUGUUACGGCUCGGCGCGCUACUUAACCCGUUUAGACUACGCAACAAAUCAAUGCUUGAGCAGAUGAGUGAUGAGAAGAAGGCCGAGCUGCGGGCAACGGAGGAGGAGGAGCUCGUACACUGGCUACAAAGACACGGUCCUAGUCAUGUAUCUACGAGUGCAACACACGGCGCAAGACGUAGGUAG